CACACACGAAACAAGCACCAAAGCUGGCAACAAUUACAAUCAUAAUCAUGAACUCAACCAUAGUUUCCCCCUAUCCGCAAACGCCAAGCAGGACGUACCUUCGUCGCUCAACCUCCACCAUCGGUUCAUUCGCUACCGCCCUGUCCUACCUCACACCUACUGACGAUGACAUUUCUCUUCGCCGGUCAUCUUCAUCAGACAUUCCAACGGUACCCGCCCCUGAUCAUUCGCUGACUGCCCCACCGUCUUCUCCGCCGUCUGAGACAGAUACCGAUACACAAGGUGUAGAUUCUUUCAUCCUGAUGGCAUUCAAUGCAGAUGACAUUGAAUACGGCCCAAAAACCCUGGAUGACUUUCUCAGGGGUGAUAACCCUGUCCAGAGGGCUAUCAACUUCUACCGAUAUGUCCAAAUGAAGAAAUUCCCACUCUGCUUGUCAGUCGUCAAGGCUACCCUAUCCAUGGCACUCUAUGGUUAUGCAAUGAUCUGGUUCGUGGAGCUGCGAGACGUAUGGCGCAAACUCGACCUUGACGACCACGAGAGCCGCGAAGGUUGGUUUGUCUGGUUAUAUCUCAUCAACGCAUUUUUCUUCAUUGUGACACUGUACCGGUUCAUCCGCGCCAUCAGCCGCUUACAUGGUGCUCCGUACGAGAAGCACACGUUCUUGGACGUAGGUGAGGCCUUUGAUCCAUUCAUUCCCGGCAGAACAAACGUGUACAUUUACUUCAUCUUUAGCAGCGCUGCUGUCAUCGCCCAUGUCUCCAGUUCGAUCGGUAUUGCACUGUGGGUUAAGGACUGGAUGGCAGGUGGCCCAGCAACCACUAACCCCCAUCGGGAUAUCAUCUUCACAUCCGUUAUGGCGCCAGAUGGGACAAGGCGCCCAGUCGCGAUCCCCGUUCGCUUGUUCCUCACGACGUUGACGACCACCUUUUGCCUUUGUACGAACUCGACGAGUUUCAUUAUCCACACGACGGUCAUGGCCACGACUUUUACUCAGCCCACGAGGCGCAUCAUCAUGGGCAUCAUCUACACAACGACCAUGCCCACGGCAUUUGCUCAACCCAUGAUGUAUACCAUUAUGAACACAACGACAUUGACAUUUGGGAAGGCAUUCCUCGUGGACGAACUCGGUCGUUUUCUGUAUCUUCGGACCUUUCGGUAGGCACCGCGGAUACUUGGAUGACCAUCCAGUCUUCAAACAUGUUUGCGACAUGGAGGUGGGAGGGCAUGUUGAAGAUACAUUUGACCGAUCCGUCACUCUAUCUGUUCUAGCAACAAUGUGCCAGACCGGACCAGGAAGGAAGAUAGCGGUGUGGUUCGAGGUGAGUUGAGCCCCAUCUGUUUCUUAGCUAGAGACACGUGCUACUGAUCUGAGCAAGUUAGGGAGCUUGAAAUGUACGAUUAAGUAGGUGAUAGUAGACGGUUGAUGUACAUUCAGGUAAGAGAAAAACAUAGAAGAGAAAUAACCAAAAAGAUUAGAAUUAGAAAUUCACCA